CACAUGUCAUCCACCAUCCCCAUACUUCACACGUACACAAUCCCACACGCCCCAAGACAUGCUGCCGCUCGUCAACGGGACUCUCAUGGCUCAGAAUGGCAGCACAAUCGACAUUACGAAAACCUGAUGACCCUCUCCAAGCGCUCUACAACCACUAUGCCGCGUCCCUGCGAUCCCGCGUCUCCAAUGCCUCCAAGCUCACGAAGCUACUAUCCACAAUAACACUCCUGUUCACCAUAAUCGGCACCGGCUAUGGCGGGCAAAGGUGGUUCAAGAAACGGCGCGCUGAGAAGGAGACGGGAAAAAGACUUCUAAGGAGGAAUUCGGGCCUCAGAGGGAAGGAUGGCUCGCGGACGAUAUACGUGCCAAACCGGGACUCAACCUCAAAAGUCGUUAUCCACCCUACCAAGCAGACGACUUUCGAUGCGCAUCGCCGUCUCUUUCUACAGCCGCCUCGCGCUGCCCGCAUGGCCGAUGCAGGCAACCCGCACGCUCCUCCGCCGCAGACAAAGCCCGGUCUGAAUCUUGCGUUCCUCCACCAGUUCCUCAGUCUUCUCAAUAUCAUGAUACCGAGAUGGAACAGCAAGGAGACGGGUCUCUUGCUCAGUCACAGUGUGUUUCUCAUGCUGCGAACCUAUCUUUCGUUAGUCGUCGCGCGACUAGAUGGAGAGAUCGUGAGGGAUCUGGUGGCCGGUAAUGGCAAGGCCUUCCUCUGGGGCAUUGUGAAAUGGCUAGGAGUCGGCACAUUCUCAUCAUACACGAAUGCUAUGAUCAAGUUCCUCCAGUCGAAGGUUUCGAUAGCGUUCCGAACCCGCCUCACGCGGUACAUCCACGAUCUAUACCUAAACGACCACCUCAACUACUACAAGUUGGCGAAUCUCGAUGGUGGAGUGGGACAGGGUGCGGAUCAAUUCAUCACACAGGACUUGACGCUAUUCUGUGCCUCGGCUGCUUCGCUAUACUCCUCCUUAGGAAAACCUUUCGUCGAUAUUUGCGUGUUCAAUUAUCAGCUCGUUAAAUCUCUGGGACCAUUGGCUCUGACUGGCCUUCUUGGAAACUACUUCUUGACCGCGACCGUGCUUCGGAGACUAUCGCCUCCGUUCGGAAAGUUGAAGGCUGUGGAAGGCAGAAGAGAAGGAGAUUUCCGUGCGCUGCACUCUCGUCUCAUUGCAAAUGCGGAAGAAGUUGCAUUCUACGGUGGUGAUCAGAUGGAGAAGCAUUUCCUCGAACGAGGAUUCAAGGAUCUAAAGCAUUGGAUGGAAGGCAUCUACAGUCUGAAGAUUCGAUACAACAUGCUGGAAGACUUUGUCUUGAAGUACUCCUGGUCGGCCUUCGGCUAUCUUAUCACGUCGCUCCCAGUCUUUCUACCAGCAUGGGGCGGACUACGUGCCGCACCAGAAUUGCCUGGUGACGAACGUCAUAAUCGGGAGCGCAACCGCAUGAAGGACUUCAUCACCAACAAGCGUCUUAUGCUGUCUCUUGCCGAUGCCGGUGGCCGAAUGAUGUACUCCAUCAAGGAUCUUUCAGAACUCGCAGGCUACACCUCGCGCGUGUAUACUCUCAUCAGCACGCUGCACCGAGUCCACGCUGAUGCCUAUCACCCACCCCCAGGUACGCGCCCAGAACUGUACUCAGUAUGUGAUGUGCAGGGAACAGUACACAAAGGUUUCGAUGGCGUACGUCUCGAGCACGUCCCAAUCGUCGCGCCAGGCUUGUACCCUAUGGGUGGUGACGAGCUCCUCGAGUCUCUCUCCUUCAUUGUACAUUCUGGAGAGCACCUCCUGAUUACUGGUCCCAAUGGCGUCGGCAAGUCUGCCGUCUCACGCGUCGUUGCUGGUCUCUGGCCAACAUAUCGUGGCCUUGUCAGUCGCCCACGCGCAGCAGGCACCGACGGAAUCAUGUUCCUCCCCCAACGCCCCUACCUUUCAACCGGAACCCUCCGUGACCAAGUUAUCUACCCACACACCGAGAUCGACAUGAAGGACGCUGGACGGCGCGACAUCGAGCUAAGCCAGGUCCUCGAAGAGGCCAAGCUGGGCUAUCUCCCCGACCGAGAAGGCGGCUGGGACACGAAGAAAGUAUGGAAAGAUGUCUUCAGCGGAGGCGAGAAGCAGCGAAUGGGUAUAGCUAGACUUUUGUACCACGAGCCGCGAUAUGCUUUCAUCGACGAGGGCACCAGUGCCGUGAGCAGCGAUGUCGAAGGCCUUCUGUACGAACGCGCGAAGGCAAAGGGAAUCACACUCAUAACAAUCUCAACCCGUGCUUCUCUCAAGCGCUACCACACCUACACCCUCACCCUAGGCAUGGGCGACAACGGCGACGAAUGGGAAAUCCAACGCAUCGGCACCGAGAGCGAGAAAUCCUCCGUGGAGAAAGAACUCCACGAGCUCCGCGAGCGCCUCUCCAAGGUCGAGGAAUGGAAACAGCGAAGGCAGGAGAUCGACGACGAGCUCAACAAAGUAUGGGUCGAGCACGCAGAUGGGGAAGCCGCAGAGGAACUCGCACCGCCGUCGUACGCUGCUGCCACCGAGCAAGAUAACGACAGUGCAGUCGAGCAGAGCGUUUAACCGGAUUGCAUUGAACGUCGAUCGUGCAGGUGAAUGGCAUGCACGCAAUGUACGCAUACUAUGUGUUUUUAUCUUUCUCCCCCCACAUUGCGAAGGUUCCGUCUGUUGCACACUGCAUUUCAGGGCCCAAUUCCAACGGUGCAGCGAGCCAAUCCAAUAUAUACGAUACUGAAAAUAGAACCCGGGAACAUAAUCUCUUUUCCCCAUGUAUGUUUAUUGUGGAGCUCUUCCGUAGUUCCCAUCCCUGACCGCCCCUGCAUUUGGUUUGAUUGUUGAGUACAGCCUUCCGUUUCGGCGUACCUGGUUUGUGGGAUUCUUGGUCGCGAAUAUAGGAGCAAUAUAAACAUUUUAUCAC